CCCUCAUAGAAACACAUUCUGCUAACUGGCGACCAUGAGUCAUCUGCCACAGAGAACCAUCAACCAUCUAUGACAGAAUGACUUGUGGAUGGACACCUUUAACAGGAAGAUCUCACUUAUUAAAGGCAUUCUGAAUUCCCAGUGAAACCCACCUUAGCACGCAGGAAGCUCGAGACGAUUCCAAUAUGGCUUUCCUCGGACUCUUCUGUUUGCUGGUUCUGCACAGUGUGGCUUUAGGGGCCGUGCUUCCUGAUGAAACCCUCGCUGACUUGUCAGUGAACACGUAUAACCGUCUAAGAGCCACUGCGGAAGAUGAAAACAUCUUCUUCUCUCCCCUGAGUAUUGCUCUUGCGAUGGGAAUGAUGGAACUUGGAGCCCAAGGGUCUACCCAGAAGGAAAUACGCCAUUCCAUGGGUUACGACAGUCUGAAAAGUGGUGAAGAAUUCUCUUUCUUGGAGGAUUUUUCUAACAUGUUAGCUGCUAAAGAGAGCCAGUAUGUGAUGAAAAUUGCCAAUUCCCUCUUUGUGCAAAAUGGAUUUCACAUCAACGAGGAGUUUUUGCAAAUGCUGAAAAAAUACUUUCAUGCCGAAGUCAAUCAUGUGGACUUCAGCCACAACGUGGCCGUGGCCGACCGCAUCAACCAGUGGGUGGAAAAUAACACAAGCAAUAUGCUGAAGGGUUUGGUGUCCCCCAGGGAUUUUGACGCCACCACUCAUCUGGUCCUCGUCAAUGCUCUCUAUUUCAAGGGGAACUGGAAGUCGCAGUUUAGACCUGAGAACACCAGAACCUUCUCUUUCACUAAAGAUGAUGAAAGUGAAAUCCAGAUUCCAAUGAUGUAUCAGCAAGGAGAGUUUUAUUAUGGGGAGUUUAGUGAUGGCUCCAACGAAGCCGGCGGAAUCUACCAAGUCCUGGAGAUCCCCUACGAGGGUGAGGACCUCAGCAUGAUGCUGGUCCUGUCGCGGCAGGAGGUCCCUCUGGCCACGCUGGAGCCCCUGGUCAAGGCGCAGCUGAUAGAGGAGUGGGCGCGCUCUGUGAAGAAGCAGAAAGUGGAAGUGUACCUGCCCAGGUUCACAGUGGAACAGGAAGUGGAUUUAAAAGAUGUUUUGAAGGCUCUUGGAAUAACUGAAAUUUUCAUCAAAAAUGCAAAUUUGACAGCCCUGUCUGAUAGCAAAGAGAUUUUCCUUUCCAAAGCGAUUCAUAAGGCCUUCCUAGAGGUUAAUGAGGAGGGCUCAGAGGCUGCGGCCGCCUCAGGAAUGAUUGCAAUUAGCAGAAUGGCUGUGCUGUAUCCUCAAGUUAUCGUCGACCACCCAUUUUUCUUUCUUAUCAGGAGCAGGAGAACUGGUACUAUUCUAUUCCUGGGACGAGUCAUGCAUCCUGAAACCUUGAAUACAAGUGGGCAUGAUUUUGAGGAACUUUAAGUGACUUCAUCAAAUCACAAGGAAAACUGUAACUAAGCACAUGAUGUUUGCAACUGGUAUAUAUUUAGGAUUUGUGUUUUACAGCCUAUCAUCUUAAGAUAAUAUUUAAAAUAGCUCCAGAUGAAAACAAUGUGUGUAAAUUAUAAGUCUACUUGUCCAGGAAUGUUAUCAGUAUUAAAGUAAUGGUCUUGUUAUAUCAUUGUGUGUGUGUUGUGCUGUGGUUUAAAAUAAAGCUACAUAUUGAACGUGUGAA